UGCAGUGUCCCCUCGCGGUCGCUCUCCCUGAGGUCCACGGCGUUCCAGAUUCCUGGAAUGGAAUGGAAGGAGGACGCAGCGUUGGGCGAGCCGGCGCGGAGGCCCCGGAGCGGGCCCCCCUACCUGCUGCCCUUUGGGUUCGGCGGGAGCAUCCGGUCGGCUCCCUGCAGACUCUGCUCGGACGCCGCCACACGUCCCUGGACUGGAAGCCGGAGCACGAAGUGCCUGGAGACUGAAUUCAUUUUUUCUCUGCCUGGUUUCUUUCUUUUCUUUUUUUGAAAAUUGAGGUUAUUUUGGGGAGGCUUCAAGGCAAAUGCUAAUUUGCAUAGCCGCACCGUUUUUUGAAAAUGCAGAACUUUUGUAUCUCUUUGAGUAUGUCAUUGCUGGUUAGUAAACUGCAUGCAGUUCAGAGCGGCGAAUCUUCAGCUAGCACUGUUGAAUUCAGUGUCAGCUUCCUGAACCCAGAUUCGCGGUCUGUGUUUAAAUGUUUCAUCCCCAGUCCUCAAAAUAAAUAUCAGAAGUGGACUUGUUAGCCUAUGGUGUGUUGCCAAGUAAAUAAGUUUAAGAGAUACUUCUUUCCAUUUUAUAUUGUCAUCUGCAGUUUCCACAUUUAAGAGAAACCUGAGCGAAAUUUUUUUCAAGGUAGAAUGAAGAGUAAAGAUGUUUGUUCCCUUUAUCUUAUAAGAGUUUAUCGAAGGUCUGCUGUGUGUUAGAUGCUGUGGGAGAAGACCCAAAGAUUUCUCUCCCAUGGAGGCUUCUGGGUUCUGUUACAUCCACAUUAUCAAUUAAACUGCUUACAAGAAAUUGCUAAAUCAACGAACAUAAGGAAUACGUUCUUGGGAUGACAGGAGUUUGCCAGGCAGAGGAGGAAGAGGGGAGCAGUCUAGACCAAAAGAUUUGUAUGUGUGUCUAAAACAGCUUGUGAUAUUCAGGAAACAGUUUGCUAUUACUAGAAUGUAAGGGAGUUAGUGAAGGGAGAGGAUUGGAGAGAAUGAGAGAAAAGUAGACUGGGGUCCAGUUAGAACGAGAUUUUAAACUUAAUAUAGGAGACAGUGGGACGCUAGUAGAUUUUUCAAAAAAUUUUUUUCCUAAAGUUUAUGUAUUUUUUUUUUAGCACUCUGUAUGCCCAAGGUGGGACUUGAACCCAGAACCACAAGAUCAGAAGUCCCAUGCACCUCCGACUGAGCCAGCCAGGUGCCCCAACAGUAGUAGAUUUUUCAGCAGAGAAAUUAUUUGGCCAGAUUAAUGAUUUUUAAACUGAUGGUUUCAUGGAAGGUGGAUUGGAGUAGGGAGAAAGUGGAAACAGAUUGGUUGGGAAACUCUUAAAGCAAGUAUAGCAAGAACUUUGGGGGAGUCUUUACUACGGCAGCAGCAAGCAGCCUGGAUUGGGAGUGGAGAUUGAAAGGCUUCUUUGGGAGCAGUAAUAGAACCAGUACCCAGUUUCUAAGAUGGUUUUGAUUUUAACAUAAACGCUGUGUAUUGCCCACCAUACUUGUGGUUUUUCAAAUCGUGUGAGAAAUGUUGUUUUCACUUUUCGGAAGAAGAUCCCAUUGUUGCCAAAGAUUAUUGACCUGUAGCUUUAAGGGUACAUGUGUCUCCUCUGUGUAGAUCCUAGUAUAAUAAAUUUCUAAAUACCCAUUACAUUUGAAGUAUCUAUUCAGAUUUUUUGACAAAUGUGUAAGGAUCGUAGAACAACGUUUAUAUUUAAGAAUAUGCUCAAGGGAUAUGUUAAUAUAAUAAAUGAACAUGUUAGAUACAUUGAUUAUUAACAGAGAUGAAUCAUUUCCCGCAGUUAAAACCAGGAUGAAAAUACAUAAAUGCAUACUUGCUUUGUUUCUUGUAACUGGUGUCUUUAGUACAGAACUUGCUAAGGCCAUCAAGCCUAUCGAUCGGAGGUCAGUCCAUCAGAUUUGUUCUGGACAAGUAGUACUGAGUCUAAGUACUGCUGUGAAGGAGUUGGUAGAAAAUAGUGUGGAUGCCGGUGCCACUAAUAUUGAUCUAAGGCUCAAAGACUAUGGGGUGGAUCUCAUUGAAGUUUCAGACAAUGGAUGUGGGGUAGAAGAAGAAAACUUUGAAGGCUUAACUCUGAAACAUCACACUUCUAAGAUUCAAGACUUUGGUGACCUAACUCAGGUUGAAACUUUUGGCUUUCGGGGGGAAGCUCUGAGUUCACUUUGUGCACUGAGCGAUGUGACUAUUUCUACCUGCCACGCAUCCGCGAAGGUCGGGACUCGGCUUGUGUUUGAUCACAAUGGGAAAAUCGUCCAGAAAACCCCCCACCCACGACCCAGAGGGACAACGGUCAGUGUGCAGCAGCUAUUUUAUACACUCCCUGUGCGCCAUAAGGAGUUUCAAAGGAAUAUUAAAAAGGAGUAUGCCAGAAUGGUCCAGGUCUUACAAGCAUACUGUAUCAUUGCAGCGGGCAUCCGUGUGAGUUGCAGCAAUCAGGUUGGACAAGGAAAACGCCAGCCUGUGGUUUGCACAAGCGGAAGCUCCAGCAUAAAGGAAAAUAUUGGAUCUGUGUUUGGGCAGAAACAGCUGCAAAGCCUCAUUCCUUUUGUUCAGCUGCCCCCUAGUGACUCUGUGUGUGAAGAGUACGGGCUGAGCCACGGUGAUGCUUUGCAGACUCUGUUUCGCAUCUCUGGUUUCAUUUCUCACUGUGCUCAUGGUGUUGGAAGAAGCUCCACAGACAGACAGUUUUUCUUUGUCAAUCGGCGGCCUUGUGACCCGGCAAAGGUUUCCAGACUUGUGAACGAGGUCUAUCAUAUGUAUAAUCGCCAUCAGUAUCCAUUUGUUGUUCUUAACAUUUCUGUUGAUUCAGAAUGUGUUGACGUCAAUGUUACUCCCGAUAAAAGGCAAAUUUUACUGCAAGAGGAGAAGCUUUUGUUGGCAGUUUUAAAAACAUCUUUGACAGGAAUGUUUGAUGGUGAUCUCAACAAACUUAAUGUCAGUCAGCAGCCGUUGUUGGGUAUUGAAGGUAACUUAAUAAAAAAGCAUUCGGCAGAAAUGGAGAAGCCCGUGCCAGAAAAGCAGGAUGAUCCCGCUUCGUUAAGGACUGGAGGAGAAGCGAAGAGGGCAGUGACCAUUUUCAGACUGAGAGAGACCUUUUCUCUUCGGCACACGACAGAGACCAGGUCUCAGGGCCCGAACACCACCGAACCGAGACGGAUUUCUCCGAGACAGAAGAGACGCGUCCAGUGUUCUGGAGCUCCAGACUCCCCGUGUUUCCAGAAGUGCGCCUUGGGCACAGGCUCGUCCGGCCCUGGCGGGGAGGCGAUGCGUUCGCGCGGGGGCCCCUGUGACCGCAGGGACGGAGCGGAGACGGAGCAGGACUCGGGGCACAGCCGCACUUGGGCCGGCCCGUGGGAAGGGCCCGGCACCCCGGCAACGGGCGGUCGGUCCGGUGGUGUCUGUGCAGCGAACUCCCCUGAGGACAGGUUUUCACAAGGAAACGAGGAAGCUUCUGAGAAGUUGCCUGAACUUGACCGUCGCCCUGCAGACACGGAGCGCGGUUCCAAUCACGAGGACGGUGGACGUCAACAUAGGGUCUCGCCUCCGCCCGUAGAUGCAUCCUCCCCAAGCACACGGCGUUUCAAAAAAGACGGCAUUCCUUUGAAUCCUGACGUCCCCCAAGGGUUGGUGACUGCGCAGAACACGUCAGCGUCUCAGGUCGACGUGGCUGUUAAAAUCAGUAAGAAAGUAGUGCCCCUGGCCUUUUCCAUGCGGUCUUUAGCGACACGAAUAAAGCAGUUACGUCACCAAGAAAGGCCACAAGAAGGCGAACAGAAUUACAGGAAGUUCAGGGCAAAGAUCUGCCCCGGAGAAAACCAAGCCGCCGAAGAUGAACUGAGAAAGGAGAUAAGGUACCCCAAAUGCUCCCUUUGAGAAACGCUGAUCUACAGUGGGCCUGGCAUUGGCAUCUGGCCUUCGGUGCACGGCUGCUGAAACGCCUUUCGUUCUGAGCUGUCCUGCCGAUGAUUUUCCCAAGACAUGUCCGGAGCGGAAGAUGAGGCAGUGAUUGAAAUACUGUGGUAGCAUUUACCAGCUUUUGUGUUUCUAUUUUGAGUUAUAACCAAAGAGAGCAAGUCGUACAGUUUUGUUUCUUCUUCAUUGUUUGAGCCUGAUGCUACUUUUUAAGUUUACGGUGGGAGAUACACCUGCAGAGACAGAAUGCCUGUGUCUUCAGGCCGGUGCAAGUUCUUCCCACGGGGACUCUAUCUGGGGAACCAGAGCCAGGGACUUGGUGUUGGUGCUGCUUACAGGUGUGUUGCGUCUCAGUUGGAAUCCACUGUAGGCUCCUUACUUUGCAAUCUCUGAGGCUGGACCAUGUGAGCAUCUCUACUGGUGCACUUCUAGACUUUGUCAGUAGGGGGCGGUAGAGGGACGCCGCGAGAAAGCACCGGAGCCCGGCCUCUCCUUCCUUUUGGCUACCCUGGUCUUUUCCUCCUACAAGGCAGCUGCCAGCAGGAGGCCCAGCAUUGCUCACUCUGUUUGCUACCCCUGUGUUUCUUAGCUAACUAGUUAAUUACCUUCUACUAGUUUACCAUACCUGGUUAUGAAUUUCCUCUGUUCAAAUCGCUGGUGUGGUUUUUGUGUCUUGAUUGGACUCUGACACGAAAUUACUACCAGGGAAUGGUCCCAGGAGACUCAUCCUCACAGACAGGGUUUGGGGAUUCGUUUGGUCCUGACCUUGGACUUGAGCUCAGUGUGAGCUCCUUGCCAACAGGAAAUGGGAGCUUAGUAAUCCAUGGCACACGGAGGUGUCGCUGUCAGACCAUCACCCGAGGUUGACUGUGGCAGAGCUCCAAGCAAAGCAAGUCCCACGGGAGCCCAGGUGGGUGCUGUGGUGUGGAAGGGAUCUUCCUCGCUGCUCUGGAGCACUCGUGGAAAGAAAGAACCGUCUCAGGUCUCAGCUCGAGUCCCGUCUGAGCACCACAGGGCUGAUCCUCAUGAAAACCCAUUUUCACAAAAUUUGGUUGUGUGGGGUACAGAAUGGCAAUGUCGUUUUCUCACGUGAAGAUCUGUGGCGGUAUCUGUCUUGUCUGCACUGACGCACGUAGUCAUGAAUGGAAUUGGAUUUUGAAGCCACCCACCAAAGGACCCAUCUGUGAGCUUGGCAGAUGUUAGAAGGAUUGAUACCCAGGAUUAGUGAAAAGGCACUUUUACACACUUAACAAAUCUAGGGAUUUAUCGUACAGAAAUACCCCCAGAAUAGAGUGGAUUUCUGUCCAUGAACGUUUGCUGCAGCGUCGUUUGCGUUACUCAAAAUGAAAACACCCGAAAGUCGUUCAGUAGAGGCUUUGUCGGACAGGUUAUGGUACGUGCUCGCAGUGAGCUCCCGUACGGCCACUAGAAAGAAUGAAGGAGAUCUACAUGAAUGGGUCUGAAAAAGCACUGAAGAUGCCUUGUUAAGGGAGGGGCGUAGAACAGCCUGAAGAAUUAUGAUUCCAUUUUUGGGUUUUUUUGUUUUUUUUUAAUAUUUAUAAUGAG